UGUGCUUGACUGAAACAGGCUCGUCUUAUUUUGCCGAGUGCUUCGUAUUUUUGCUUUCUGUUUAGAGGUUGUUGCGUGCAUAAGUACAUUUGUUAAGUAAAUAACCUACUCGAACGCAUAGAUAUUUUCCUACAUUUGUUUUGACUGCAAGUCUCGCCGGUUUUCCUCUGAACGCAACCUCUCCACUCAAAUAAUGGAUUUGGUCUGGAGCCUGUGCUUCGUUGGGAGUCUCGGCGCUUGGUUUGCUUCUGCAGAAAGGCACAGCAUAUAUUGGAAUAACACAAACAGCAAGUUCCUAAGGGACAGCUAUGCGGUGGAGGUGCGUCUGAACGACUACCUGGACAUCGUGUGCCCCCACUACCCGCUGGGCGAGGUGGCAUCGCAAGAUGCUGAGCGCUACGUGCUCUACAUGGUGGAGCGGGAGGACUACGACGCUUGCAAGCCUCAGUCCUACGACCAGAUGCGUUGGGAGUGCGGCCACCCCUUCGCCCCCCACGCAGCUGAGAAGUUCUCCGAGAAGUUCCAGCGUUUCACCCCCUUCACCCUGGGCAAGGAGUUCCGUCAGGGAGAGAGCUACUACUAUAUCUCCAAACCUUUGCACCACCACGGACAGGAGUGCCUCAAGCUCAGGGUAGACGUCGUAGCUACUGAUGGUUCUCAAGAGGCCAGGGUUGCAACUGGAGGAGCUGCAGCUGUACCCGGAGCUGAGGGUGGAGCACACAACCCCUCCAACAGGCUGCCUGCAGAUGACCCAGUGGUAAUCCUGCCAGAGGUCCAGAAAAGUGUGCGGACAAAUUCGUCUGUGUCAAAGGCAUCCUUCUCCAUCCUGUCAUUGUUUGUCCCAGUCUUAUUAUUGCUGCUGUUACAGUGAGACUACAAAUCUCAUAGACUUGGAGGACAUACAAUGAAGUUGUGUCUGUGGGGAACCACAGGUACAAAAGACAGUUCUCAAAGCCCAAGUGCUGGUCACUGGGAGAGGGACAAAUUUGAGUCUCGUGAGUGCGGAUGGACACAUGCACUAAGUGUGCCGAGUGAGAAUUUGGUUUGAGUUUUGUGGGAAGGCACUGAGCUUUCUCAAGAUGUCAGUAUUUCCUGGAGAGAUUUUGUUCUCUUUAAGGUUAGUGUUUUGCUCUUCUCCUCCCCCCAAAAAACAUAAUUCAUUUUGGAAAAGUGCGGAAGAAGAUUUUGAAGAGGAACAUAAAUGGACGAAGUACAAUCACUGACGACAAAAGCUAAAUGACUUUCUUAUACGGACAACUAUUUGGAUUUGAUAUGAAUUUGUGUUAGAAAAAAAACUGCAUUUAGUGUUACAUCUUCUCUAAGCUUUUGAGCCAAAGAAUACAGUGAUCAUCUCUUCAGUAUUUAACUAUUCUAUUCCAACCUUGACUAUUGUGUUCUGUUUGUGUUAUUGUACUGUAAUUGAGUGGCGCUAAAUGUCCUAGUGAUUCUUUCUCAAUGUAGCAUCGACAAAAGCAGGGGAUGUGCUGGCGAACUAUCAAUGUUCCUGUGCAGACUCGACCAUGUGCUUUCACAGCACUAACCAUACAGCACAACAACGACAACAGACAGACUGACUGACUGAUGCACAGACUGACUGACAUCACAAUACAGACCCAUGACAUAGUAGACACUGCAUGGAAAGGAAAGGUAUUGUGUACAUUCUGUGAAAAAUCAUUUGUAAAAGUUUGCAGCUGAAAGAUUGACUGUAUACAAUACUGUAUGUUUAACAAAUGCUAUGCUUACUGUUCGUAAGUGAGCUCUCUCUGAGGGGGGGGAAGGGUGUUAGAAUUAGUGUUUCAGUGAGAGAGAAAGUGUGCGAGGGAGAGCUAGAGGUCAAACAAAAUGUUCAAACUGCCAAAAGCAAACACGGAUACAGUACAUUGUGUGAAGCAGUGUAAGGCAGGCCUUUUCUGUAUGUCAGAUCAUGCACCCGUACCGUUUAAACUGACAAACAAAAUAAACCAGACUGAACUAUGCUCAUCACAGUACUUGCCAGAGCAGUGUUUCACUAUGCAACACUGUUCUCUACCUCUACUUACACUAAAAAGUCAACCAAGUAAAAAUGUUUAUAUUCAAAAACAGUUGAAAUUUGGUUGGUAAUACACUAUAGUAUGUGGAUUUGGCUAUUUCAGCCACACCAGUUGCUGAGAGGUUUAUAAAAUUGAGCACACAGUCAUGCUCUAUAGACAAACAUUGGCAGUAGAAUGGCCUUACUGAAGAGCUCAGUGACUUUUAACGUG